AGCCGAGCCCGGUUCACACAGCCCGCGGCCGCGCUGCCUUAAAUAGCCGAGCGGCGGGCAAGUCUGCGCGCGGGCCUGCAGCCUGAGACCCGAGCCGGGGAGCGUGGGACGCCGCGCGCCCGCCCGCCGCCGGCGGCGCACCCCGCCGGGCCCCGGAGGCGCACCAUGCCUGCGGACACCCCAGGGAAGCCGAGGGCCUCGCCGCUGGCAGGAGCGCCGGCCAGCGCCAGCCGAACCCCGAAUAAGCCCCGGAGUGCGGCGGAGCACCGAAAGUCCUCCAAGCCGGUCAUGGAGAAGCGGCGCCGAGCGCGCAUCAACGAAAGCCUCGCGCAGCUCAAGACCCUCAUCCUGGACGCUUUCAGGAAGGACAGCUCCCGCCAUUCGAAGCUGGAGAAAGCAGACAUCCUGGAGAUGACCGUGAGGCACUUGCAGAGCCUGCGGCGAGUGCAGGUGACAGCCGCGCUCAGCGCCGACCCCGCGGUCCUGGGCAAGUACCGCGCCGGCUUCAACGAGUGUCUCGCGGAGGUGAAUCGCUUCUUGGCCGGCUGCGAGGGCGUCCCGGCCGAAGUGCGCUCUCGCCUGCUCGGCCACCUGGCGGCCUGCCUGGGCCAGUUGGGGCCCUCGCGCCGCCCCGCCCCGGCACCCCCCGCUGCAGAGGCCCGCGCGCCCGAGGUCUACGCGGCUGGCCCGCCGCUCCCGGCUUUCGACGGCCCCUUCCCCCUGCUGCGCCCCGGGUACGCCUUCGCGCUGCGGCUCCCGCCGGGCCUGACCGGGACGCCCCCCACCGUCCCUAGGGCGGGGCUGCAGAACCGGGGCGCGCCCUGGAGGCCUUGGCUGCGCUGAGGCUGCACACGGUUCUGGGGCCGUGGCCUUUGCUGAGAGCGUGCCUGAGAAUAUUUGUUUCCAGAGGCCGCGUGGAGGGAGCUUUGAUCUUUUCUUUGUGAAGACUCUAGGGUGGCGUUUCUCUCAGCCCUUAGUUCUGGGGCUCUGCUGGUUACUUUGCGCCAGACUUCGGGGGCAGGACUGCGGGUGGCCCAUCCCCCAGCUUCUGUACCCUGCCUUUCCUCUACCCCAAGGCUUGGCCGAUGUGCCUGCCUCUGUGGAGGAGCCAGCGACCCUCCUGGAAGCACUAGGAAUGUGAGAAGCCACUGAGGAGGCCCAGGAAAGCGACAACUAGUCAUCACAUUUUCUGGAAUGUAUCCCAAUGUCAGAAAGCAGUCUUGGCGGCAUCAUUGGGCAAGGUUGGUUGGUUUGUGUUUUAAAGUACUUUACCCUACUCUCACUCCUGUGGACCUUAGAAGGUGGAAACAUUGUCACUUCUUGUCCUGGGCUGCUGAGCUGUGGGGAGAGGUGAUCAUGGCUUGAAGCUUCUGGCUUGGUGCACUGGUUCUGGCUUGGUCCAUUUCCUACUUUGUUCUUAUGGUUCAACAAAAAGCUGCCUGGACUGAGCCUGCCCCAGGCCAGUGUGCACAGGAGAGCCAACAGGAGAGACUGGCUGAGUCCUGAGGACAGGGAACUGGAGCAAGACUGGCCAAGAGCAUUUAAUGUCAGGGCUUGUGUGUGGGGGUACUGUCCCACCAGAGUCCAGUCCUGCUGUGUACCCUGGGAGGGGAGGUCUCCUUGGUAGUGGGAAAAGACUGGAGGGUGGUCCUGCGCAUGCCUCUGUCCUGAGCACCUGCUGUGUGUCAGCCCUACAGUCCCGGGCAGUAGUGCUGGGCAGCAUUGGACAUCAGCCCUGGAGUCACUGUCCCAGAUCACAGGUCUCCCUCAGCUGCUGCUGGGGGCUAUGCUCCAGUUACAAUGAGGGGGUGAUCUGAGUCAUACAAGUUCAGACUGGAGUGUCUCACCCUGAGCCCAUCAGAGGUUGAGCCAAGAUUCAUUUCCCUACUGCAGCUAAGUUCAUCAGAUGGUAGCCUGCCGCCUACCUGGCCAGGGCCCAUCAAGGAGAAAGAGGGUGAGUCACUGCUAGAGGUUAGCCUGCUUCUCCAGUGGCUUCCAUGGUUGUGCUAGAGGCAGGAUUCACCUGGGCCCUCCUGCAUUUAGCCAUGCUCACCUGGCAGGGAUCUCCAGGUCCCUGCCAAGCCAUCACUCUUGGCCCUCUGAUCUCCUUGCCCAUCUUCCCAAGAGUCCAGGGCCUUGGUCAGUGGUCCUAAAUGGUGGCAGUUGCUGGGCCAGGUACUAUAUCCUUGGAGUUUUAUACACUCAGUGAUCCUGGCCCUAGGGGAGCUUCAGAGUAGUCUCUCCUUCAGAGCUGUGGCACUAGCAGGACUGUCAGGGAGGAAUAGUUGAUUAGGCCUAGAAAGCUCUCUUGGGCAGGAGACCAGCACAGGGUCCAUUGCUGAAGCUGGAAGCUCAGUUUGGUUGGGGGAGGAGAGCUGCUGAGGGUCUCAGGGCAGAAGCUUGGGGGAGGGGUGUGGCACUUUGGGAUGUGAAGCCUGAUGGGUGAUUAGGGGGGUGGUUAGGGUCUGUACAAAGUGGGCCCCUCACAUCCUGCAGGAAAAAGAGGGAUCUUCCUACCUGCGUGGUGGCCACCUGGGGAAAUCACCUGGAACUUGGGCCAUCAUGCUCUCACUACUCCCAUGAGAGGGCAGCGGGAACUUGGCCUCCUGGCCCCCACCCACCCAUACCUCUUACUUCCUACUUCUGGUCCUCUCAACACUGUGGCCAAAGGGAGCUGUGCCAUGAGGACCCUCAAGGUUCUGUGGGGGACCACACACAGUCCCACAGACAGGCAAGCUCCCUGGUGCUCUGUCCCUUUGAAUCAGCCUCCCUGCUGGUGCCGUCUCCUUACUCUCCCCCUGGAGGCAGCCACUGUGGGCUCCAGAGGCUAAGGCCGUAUCUGUGUCACUCCCUUUGUUCCUAGCACCUGCUUGGGACACUUAAGUUCAUAGUGACCUGAUUGAUUAAAUGAAAGUUAGAGUCUGGAGGUUUGGAAGAGUUUUUGAAGUAUAGUUGACAUACAGUGUUGUAUUAAUUUCAGGUGUACAAGGUAGUGAUUCGACCAUUGCGUACAUUAGACAGUGCUCAUCACCAUGAGUAGUCACCAUCUGUUAGGGCGCAAAGUUAUUGUAGUAUUACUGACCAUUUCUCAUCUUUGUGACUUAUUUAUUAUAUACCAGGAAGUUUCUACCUCCUAAUUCCCUUUUGCCUGUUUCACCCACCCCCCCCCUUCACCUUUCCUCUGAGAACCACCAGUUUGUUUUCUGUAUUUAGGAGUAUUUUUUUAAAGAUUUUAUUUUUAAGUAAACUCUACAUCCAGCAUGGGGCGAUUGAGCUCACAACCCCAAGAUCAGGGAUUGUAUGCUCAACCGACUAAGUCAGCCAUGCACCCCAAGACUCUAUUUUUUGUUUGUUCAUUUGUCUUGUUUUAUAGAUUCCACAUGUUAAGUAAAAACAUACAGUAUUUAUCUUUU